AUGCUGUCUACAUUAAGCGCAGUAUAUGAUCCGCUAGGUAUUAUCUCACCCAUCAUUCUUGUUGGGAAACAGCUCUUGCAAGAUUUAUGUAAGGAUCAAACCGAUUGGGAUACCCCGUUACCGGAAGAUAUCCAGAACAAAUGGGAAAGGUGGAAGCAAGACUUAAUAGACCUUGAAUUAUUGAAAAUCAAUCGUUGCUUCAAACCGGUUGACUUUGGCGAAGUAAAAUUCAUAGAAUUUCAUCAUUUUUCAGAUGCUAGUUCAAAUGGUUACGGUCAGUGUUCGUACGUUCGCCUUUUCAACUUUAAACAACAAGUACAUUGUGCUCUGGUUAUUGGUAAAUCUCGAGUAGUUCCGUUAAAGCCCAUUACGAUUCCCAGGUUAGAGCUUACGGCUGCAGUAAUCUCCGUGAAAGUCAGUGCAAUUUUUAGAGAUGAACUUGAGUAUUCCGAUAAAAAUGUCACUGAGUAUUUCUGGACCGAUAGUAACGUAGUACUAGGUUAUAUUGCGAAUGAUUCCAGGCGUUUUCAUGUGGCUAACAGAGUACAACAGAUUCGCGACAACACCGAACCAUUUCAGUGGAAUUAUGUCAGUUCUGCCGAAAACCCAGCCGACAUUGCUUCUCGUGGAGCUACACCGAUCAAAUUAAGAGAAUCAAAGUGGUUUACGGGACCAGAUUUCUUAUGGAAUGCGGAACACGUAGUCAGAAAGGAAUUAUCGGAUACGUCUAAACCGUUAUUGAAUGACCCGGAAGUCAGAAAAGUUAAAGUAAUGUCUACAAGUACUUGUUUACCUCCUCCUGCGUCCAUACUUGAACGUUUAGAAUACUUUUCAGAUUGGAACAGAGCUAAACAUGCGACAGCUCUUUGCUUGAACCUGAGAAAUGCGUUGCUAGCAAAACGUCCGAAGGGAACCUGUUUAUCCGUUAACAUGGAAGACAUGCGACAAGCUGAACUUGAAAUUGUCAAAAGGGUUCAAGACACUUUCUUCAAGGAAGAAUUACUCAUAUUGCGUUCAUUUGAUUCUGAAGGACCGUUUGAAGCCAACGACUCAGCUAAAGUGCGAAACAAUACUAUGAAAAAGAAAUCGUCUUUGUAUAAACUUGACCCCUUUCUCGACCAGGACGGCAUCAUCCGAGUUGGUGGCCGCAUCCGACGUGCUGAUCUGAGCAUUGAUUUGAAGCAUCCUAUUAUAUUACCUAGACAUUCUCACGUGACCGAGCUUAUCAUGCGCUAUUUUCACGAAAAAUCAUUUCACCAAGGACGUGGAAUUACUACGAACACAAUACGUUCACAUGGAUAUUGGAUAAUCGGAUGUAGUUCUGCUGUUUCGAACCUUUUGUCUAAAUGUGUUACAUGUCGAAAAUUGCGUAGCCAAACUCAGGUACAGAAAAUGGCUGAUUUACCGGUAGACCGACUAGAGACUAUGCCUCCAUUCACGUACUGUGGUGUUGAUCUGUUUGGACCUUGGUUAAUUAAGGAGGGCCGCAAUGAACUUAAGCGGUAUGGAGUUUUAUUUACCUGUUUGUCAUCGAGAUCAAUUCAUAUCGAAACUGCUAACUCUUUAGAUACGAGCUCUUUCAUUAAUGCAUUGAGAAUAUUUGUGUCUAUCCGCGGACCCGUAAGGCAUCUUCGGUGUGAUCAAGGAACUAACUUUGUUGGAGCCGAAGGAGAAUAUACUAAGGCAAUGUCUGAAUUGGAUUUUGACCGAAUCCGUCAAUAUCUACUUGAACAAAUUGGAUUUCGUACAAUUUAA